AUGAAGAUUCUAUAUUGGAACAUUCGGGGUGUUAGGAAGGCAGCAGGGUUGUGCGCUUUACGUCUACUGGUGAAGGAGCAUGCCCCGGAUGUGUUAUGCUUGGCUGAACCCAUGGUUCAGGUAUGUAAAUUUCCUGUUAUUUUCUUUAGUCGGUUGGGGUAUGCUGUGGAUUUCAUUCAUAAUUUUCGGGAUGACAAAGUCCCAAAUUUAUGGAUUAUAUGGAAGUUGGGGGUUUCGAGACCAGUUGUUGCAGAUUUGGAGUUGUCGAUAUCAGCUUUGGUUCCGUGGUCUGUGAUGGGGGAUUUCAAUGCAACCCUGUUCUCGCAUGAGAAAAGAGGUCCUGGUAAGUUUAAUCUUGGAUCAGCUGCUGAAUUCCAGGCAAUGGUUGAUGCGUGUGAAUUGCUUUCUAUCCCUUCUCAGGGAAAGAAAUUCACUUGGACUAAUAAUCGUCGAAGGGGUCAUGCAGUUGCAGUGUUGGAUCGGAGUUUUUGUAAUGGGAAGUGGAUAGAUGUGUUUAGAAAUGUGAAGCAGCGUGUUUUGUUGUCUUCGGUAUCAGAUCAUGCCCCUUUAAUUGUUGUCUCUGAUGAUGUUCAAAGACCUACAAAUAUCCCCUUUAGAUUCCAUAGCUUUUGGAUGGAAAAUGAUCAAUUUAUCUCUGUGGUUGAGGAAGCUUGGAAAACUUCGAUAGGGGGUAAUCCAAUUUUCGUUCUGGCACAAAAAUUAAAGCAGGUCAAGGAGAAUUUAAAGGUUUGGGCGAGGGCCAAUUUUCCUAACCUGAAUGAUGAGGUCGAUAAAGCAAAGCUGGAAUUAAAGAAGGUUCAAGAUAUGAUAGAGGUGGCUGGGAUGAAUGAUGAAUUAUUUAACAGAGAGGCAGAUGCAAAAACAGUAUUAUUGAAGGCCAACCAAAUGUACGAGAAGUUGUGGGCUGAAAAAGCUAAACUGAGAUGGAUGAAAAAUGGAGAUUGUAACUCGAAGAUUUUUCAUCUCUCCGUGAAGCUUAGGAGGUUGAAAAAUCAGAUCACCUCCCUAAAAAAGGAAGAUGGAACUUGGGUUUCAGACCAACAGGGAAUAUCGUUUUAUGUCUCUGAUUUUUUUGAGAAAUUUCAUGAGGCUGAUGAAAUCACGGUUCAUAAUGACCUUCUUGAUAAUAUUCCCAGAGUGUUGGAGGAGGAGGACGUGGCAGAAUUGGAGAUUGUCCCGAGUGGGGACGAAAUAAAACAAGCUGUUUGGGAUUUAGAUCCUGUAAGCUCUCCAGGUCCUGAUGGGUUCCCAGGUAGUUUCUUCAGGCGAUGUUGGACUAUUGUUGAGGGUGAUUUUUGCAGGGCAGUGAAAAAAUUCUUUGAGGAAGGGCGGCUUCCUAAAGGAAUAAAUAACUGCUUUAUUUCCUUGAUCCCCAAAGUUGAGAGGGCGGCCUCUCUUGAUAGGUUUCGACCUAUAUGUAUGGGGAAUUUUUAUUGCAAAGUGAUAUCAAAAAUUCUAUCUUCAAGAUUACUUGUUGUUUUGCCUAAAUUGAUUUCGGAAGAGCAAGGCGCUUUCCAGCAGGGUAAAAUAAUUUCAGCAAAUAUCAGCCUCGCCUCAGAACUGUCAAAUUUGAUGUAUUCUUCAGUUAGGGGUGGUGGAAUGGGACUGAAGCUCGAUGUUCAAAAGGCGUAUGACUCUCUAGCUUGGGAAUUCCUCUUUGCAAUUGAUGGUUCGCUGAAAACUACCUACCUUUCCUCUUCGAUAUGGCCUGGUCUUAAAAAGGUGUGGCGGUGGGUACAGUCUCAUGAGCAAUGGACUGUUGGGAAUGGUCAGAGGAUAAAUUUUUGGAAAGAUAGCUGGCUGGGAAAGAAGUCUAUUGAGGAGAUGUAUGGUUUGCAGUUAGAUAUCUUUGACUCGAUGCAGGCAAAGGUUUCUGAUUUCAUUUGCCAAGAUGAGUGGAAUUUUCCCCAGGUUGCAAGGAACAUUGAUCUGGUUUAUGGAGGUGGAAGCAUAGGCUUGAUGGGUUUGGUUUCACAAGCUGUUUAUAAUGGUGGUCAGCAUGUACUUGGGUGA